AUGCCAGAUGUUUUAACCUCCUCAUCGGCAUUCCGCCGUCGCCACCGAGCUGGGUCAGCACAAUUGUUACGCAGAACCACCGAAUAUGACAGCAACAACAGCAACUGUCUGUUGCACAAUAGCAGUGACGACCAGCAUGACGCCCGACGAGGAAGCAAACGAUUCCUCAAGUGGACAGCAUGCUUUGCAUUCGUGACCAAAUUCAAACGCUCAAAGUCGGAAAAGCUGGACUUUAUAUCGGAAAUCGAACCAGGGCGGCGCCGCUCUAGCAAUUCCAACAACUACAGAAGCAGCAGCAGUUGUCCUGCGGCUGUUGACGUAGCACAAGACCAACAGCAGCAGCAACUACACGAAAAACAGUUGUUAGCGCUGUCAUCUUCACCACUGCAACAACGACACACGAUGAAUAACCACAAUCGACGGCCUUUCUCACAGUAUCUGGAGCGUCCAACCUCCAUGGAUCCAGAUCAAGAUUCUAUUGCAAGCACAUUGCUGCAGUGGAAAGAAGGCACGGGAUCAUUACCGGUGUCACCGUUAUCUGCGCUAUCGCCUCCACCACGCCAUGCCAUGAAAGAGCGAUCAAGGAGUUUGACCGCCGAAGAAGAUACGCUUUCGGAGGUUCCGCCAUUGCCGAUGCCUCGCAAGCGCAAAGCAACGACGAUCAGCCGAUCUCUGGCGCUGCGCCUGUCACUUGACGUGGACCAACAAUAUUACUCAUCCUCAGGAAUAACGCACAGCUCGUCUGGAUUUUCGAAUGGCACCAGCAGCGACUUUUUAAAAAGAGGAGACCAUGACGAGGAAGACGAUACUGCAAGUAGUGUCUCUUCAUCUCAACAACAACAACAGCGGGCCUCGUCUGGUGCUAUCCUCCACAAUAAUAACAGUACAACCCCCGAAGCAAAAUUACGAUUAUCGUCGAUUGAACCUUCUUCUACUAGUACACUUGAUCUUCAUAAAGACCCACAGCAACGACGGCAGCAGCACCGUGUCAGCCCCAUUACUAUUCCGGAAAUAGAUACACUGAAAGAUCGACAGCAACAAGAAGAAGAGGAUGAAAGCAGUGAUUAUGGUGAUUUGAUUAACGAGUUUCGACUUCCCUCUGAGAAGCUUCCUAACAAACAACAGCAACAACAAGAGAAAAAACAACAGAGCAUCAGCAGCAGUAGUAGCAACGAUAAGGAUGAUGAUGAUAGUGAUGAUAACAGCAGUACAGUGGCUGUUCCUGCUACUGUUGUUGAGGUACAGAAGAAUAGGGAGGCUAGCAAGGAGGUUAGCAAGCACCCAUUGGAUACUACUCAAGAAAACAACAAUAGCUACUACUAUUUCUAUGACAGCAACAGCAAUAACGGUCCACCUAAGCCCUUUGUGAGUCGAUCGACAAUCACAGCACGAGACCUGAGUCGACAAAAGGCAAUGGAAGCACUAGAAGGCCAUUUUGCAGCACUAGAGCCGACUGGGUCAAAGUCUAUGGACAUAGUCAGGGACAAGGCACACUAUGACGCCGUAGUUGCGGGUACGAUGCACCGACGACCCUAUACACAGUAUUUGCGUGCACAGCCAGACGCCAAGGAGGAGGAGGAGGAGGAUAAUAACAGCAGUGGCCUCCAACAACAGACUACGACGACGAUCGACCAACAAAAGGAGAAGAAGAAUGCCCGUUAUGUCAAGGCUUCUUCUGCAGUCUUUGCAGGCUACAACAGCAAGUUGUAUCGUCCCUCUUUGGUCUUUUUCCCACCUUCACCUAAUUCGAUCAACUCUGACUACUGA